AUGACAGGAUUCAAGCGAGGCGGCGCUCGAGGCGGCUUCAAGAAAAGUUUCAAAAACAAACGCUCUUCUCCUGAUGACGACGACAGCGCGCCACGUGCAAACAAGAAAGCGAAAGGCGAUGAGGAUGAUGAUUCGCUUCCCGUUGUACCUGAACUUAAGACGGAUGAUAACGGUGAUGCGUUUGUUGCUUUAAAUAGCAGUGGCAAGCGACGCGUGACUGUUAGCGAUUUCAACAAAAACACUUUCGUCAGCAUUCGUGAAUACUAUGUCACCGAUGCUGGAGAGACGAAGCCGGGAAAGAAAGGCAUCUCUCUUUCCAUUGACCAAUACAAUGCACUACUCGCUGCUGCUCCGCUCAUUGAGUCUGCGCUGGCGAAGAAGGAUAUUAAAGUGAUACGGCCGGAUUAUGAUGGCGAUGCUGGUGCAAAACCUGAGACAAAAGAGGACAGUAAGGAGGAAGAGGAGGUUGCUGAAGGAGAGACGAACAAAGAAGACGACGACGAAGAAGAUGAUGAUUGA